AUGCGGCGUGGGCCCAAGGGCGCGUGGGCCAAUGGGCCGCCAGGCGAGUCGGCAUCCAUCAAGGCGCUCAAGGCCGAGCUCAGUGCCUUACGCGCUCAAGUCGGGGGAGGCGGAGGCGGAGCGGCCCAGCGUCCAGCGACGCAGCCGCAGCAGCCCCAGUCUGACCUCACGUUCGGACAGGUGGUGCAGUUUCUCAAGGCCUACAAGGUUGAUGAUGCUGUCAUCACAUCGGCGCAGCAGAAGCAGAUCGCGGAGCAGGAAGUCAGGCCAACAUCUGCCAUUGCUGCCCACCACAGGGUGGAGAACUCGAAGAAGAAGGUGGAGCGCCUGGAGCAGAAGGUGCUCAGCUUCACGCAGCAGCGGGACGAGCUGGACAAGGCCAUCACCGACGCCGAGACCCAGCUCACGGAGGCGCGCUCGGAGCUGGAGCGGAACAUCAAGGUAUCGCACCGUGCGCACCUUGAGCAGACCGCCGGCCCGUUCGAGUUCGGUUUCGCAGGCCUCGCGACAUCAGUCAAGGAGUCGGCAGAUGGGCGCCAGGCUCUCGAAGUGUUGCGCAGGCUUCAAGAAUCGGCUGCCAAGCAAGCCGCCGAAGAGGCAGCGGCUGCUGCUCAAGCCGGCGCCGCUUCUGCUACUACAGCUGGCGCUGGCGCUCCCGGUGCGGGCGCCGCAGGCGGGGGCGCUCAGAAUGGGGCAGCAGCUGGAGCAGCUGGGGCAGCUGGCUUCUCCAAGAUGGAACAAGACGACUUCGACGACGCGGAGUUCCAUGCAGGCCUCAAGCGACUAUAUGACAGCGGAGCUGAGAAGGAUGCCGUCGCCAAGUUCAUUGCGGAGCACUCGGCGAAGAAGCAGCGGCCUGCCCGGCACCCUGCCGCGCGGCGGGAGGCGGGUGCAGCCCCAGCGGACCUCCAGACGUUCUGGGACUACAACGCGAUCGACGUGGAGUGGUCCUGUGCCUUCGCCGCGCCCGCGGCGCAG